UCAAAACAAAGUUGUGUUUUUGCCCCUAUUAAUUGGCAAUUAUUUUAAAUCUAAUAUGAGCAAUGGCUCUUGCUAAAUCUAUAUUAAAAGCAAUUAGUUCAUGCAACCUCACUGGUGUAGCAAACAACAUAGAGGAUGUUUUGAAAGGAGAUGUUACUGCACUGGACAACAAAGUGCUUCAAAAUCACAUUUCAUGCAUACAGACAUGGAUGCAUGCCCUUGUUUCUCAUCUGGCAAGUGUGUGUGAGAAAAGGAGAUUGGCUCAAGCACUUGAAAUUUCCGUAACCUGUAGCAAAUACUACACAAAAUAUAUGGACCAUGUUCCCCCAGACAAAGCCAGCCUCGUGCCACAACUGUUGUGCAAAAUUGUGGAAGGUGUAGCACAGUCAAAGGAACACAUUGUUGCCACCUUAAAGCUGUCCGAAGAUCUAAUAGUUAUGUUGGAACACUAUAAUGUAUACAGGAAAUUUGAAAGUGGUUCAUCUUUCUUGUUCGCCUGUUUGUGGAAUGCCUCUGUCGCUCUCUUCAAAUCUGGCUGUUCAGAAAAUGAUUUUCUGAAUGAACUCCAGCUGAGAAAAUGUGCAGUCACUUUCUUGAUGCAGUGCUACGGAGAGCAUAGCAAAGCUUUGGAGAAGGUUUCUCGUGUCACUGCAUUUUAUCACAAGAACGUGAAAGAACACCCAGAGUGGGCAACCACUUCAUCUAUAGAGAUUGUUGUGGAUUUUUUUGAAGAUUUAUUUUAUACAGCCAAAAGAUCGAUAGCGGAUUCAGCCGGUAUUGAAGAGGAACAGGAUGAGAUAAGAGUUUCGGCUCUCGGCUUAGAAGUGAACUUUGUGGAUUUUUGUUUGAAGGUAUCGGAAGUAGAAAGAGCAGAAAAUAUGAUCUCAAAUCAGUCCGAGAAAUUUAACCAUUCACUUAUGCCCCUAUUGACAAGAGUUUUAAAGCUGUAUGUUUCCUUACACAAACUAGGAGAAAACAGUUCAUCAUCAUCAGAUUGCAAACUUGGCUUGGAUUUGGAAAACCUUGGUACUGAAAUAGGACAAUUUGCUAAGGAGAAACGUCUUUUUGAAGAGGAGUACGUGCUAGCUCUGUGUUUAACACAGAUAGUACAGAAUUGUGGUCGUAAAGUUUCGAAACGAUUUGCAUCUGAUCUGACAGGCAUUAAAGAUCUGACCUAUUUUAUAAAGCAAGCACAGUGUGUUGUGGGAAAUUGUGUGGAACACUUUGAAAGAAUUGGUCAAGCAGAUAAGGCGGAUGAUGACAUGGUGUCUAAGCUACAAACGUGGAGCUGUCAACUGUACUUCAGAAGGCUGCAGAUGCUCAUGACUCUCACACUAGCCACAGAAAAAAGCAAGGAGGAAGGGGAAGCUAGUCAAGAAUUUCUCAAGACCUUCUGGUUGUUCGAAGAAAGUCUGAACAAGUAUAAAAUGCUUCCAGCGAGUUACAUAAACUCGUACAGACAGAACAUAGCUGAGUGUUUGAUGGCACCCAUGGCAAACCAUGCAAGUGUGUACAACCAGUAUUCUAACCAGGCCAUCUACUGUAAAAUCAGUGUCAACCAGAUGGGGAAAUGUGGCAAAAAGGCAAGCCUGCAAAUGUACGAAAUGCAGGUUCUUGCUACAGAGAAAGGACGUAAAUGGUUAGAGGGAAGUACGUUAGCCGUUGAAACAUUGAUGGCUUACCCAGCAGGCCUCACAACUGUCACAUACUGCUGGGCUAAGCUAAAAUUGAGCGCAAUUUCCUUGGAGCAGGAUGAAUUCAGGAUGACGACCUUUUUAUCAGCUGUGAAAAGCGUGCACGAAUCCCUCCCUGGUAGCUUGACGGAGAAAGACGUGUUGUUUGCUGAGUACCGGAAUCUCCUGCAGGGAACCAAGCGAAACUUUGAAGCCGAGUUCUACGUGCUGUCUGAAUGCCUUGACAUUGAACUCUUGGACAAUGAGCGAGCUGAGGUCUUGAUCGAAGUAGCAGAGAGCAUGUUGGUUAAUGGCACAUCAUAUAAAGACAGGUCAGUAGAAGAUAUUGCAGAAGAAGCUAAAAUGCUGAUUGGUGAGUCACCAACUGCUGAGAUGAGCCUGCUCCUGGGACAUUACUACUUUAUAAAGUACCUCCUCCAACACAACGCAGACAUCAAUGAUAAGACAAAGCAGGUUAAGCUUGAUGUAGGGGUCGAGGGUGUCUCUAUGUUUAACUCAAAUCGCGAGAUGAGGGAGCUAGUGCCACUUUCAACCCAGGAGAAGUACCUAGCAAACAUCACAAAGGCCCUUGAGCUCUGGGAACAAGGCGCUAAUCAUUGGGCAUCUACGCAAGCAGUAUCCAAAUACUUGCAACAACACUGGGAAGUCAUCUUGCAGUGCGGCAUACGACUCAACCUUCUGCUACAGCCAGAGUUGGCUGUCCGGACAAUGAGAGUAGCCCAGGGCAUAGCAUGCCAACAAAAACUUAAGAAGGGGGUUACGGAGACAACAAUUCACCUGGCAUCCAGUCUCAUUCUGCAAGGGCAAUAUGCAGAGCCACAUGAUAUCCUGUUUGGUCGUGGGCUAGAUGAAGCAAACAAACAACUGCUGCUUGUCAGGGCUCAGUAUUUUAUGUACACAGGACAGAGAGAAAAGGCAGUUCAAAGUCUGGAAGGCUACCUUAAGGGGGACCAAUCAGUUGGUACAACAGCAACCUUGUUUGAUGGCAUUGCACGUCGCCUUCUGUCCAUGUGCCUGUGUUUUUGCGUGAAUUCGAUUACAGCAAAGACAAAUGGCGUGAAUUCAGACGGAGCAAAGACAGAUGGAGUGAAGUCAGACAUAAGGAGUUCAGACGGAACAAAGUUAGAUGGAGUGAAUUCAGAUGGAUUGAAGUUGGGCAAGGUUCAAGGGGUGGAUGGAUCAAACACAGCGUGUCAUUUACUGAGUCUGGCGUACGAGGGCAUGCACCAACAUCUGUCUGUCUGUGACUGGGUGCUAAAAGGGCAUAAAGACAAGAAGAUGGACUUAUGGUACUUCCAAUAUGAGCUCGUUCUGUCACUGUACCACUUGUGUCAGCUCUUCCGAAUGGUGGGAAUGCCUCGGGACGCUUUCUGCUUUCUUUCCAUAGGAGUACGCCUCACCGCCCAUCUCUGCCUUCCAGCCUGGUGCUGUCUCUUCUUAGCUGAGAAACUCCAGGUCCACGGAAUGGAGGCAAACUUCUCCAAAGCAAUGACGGUUUUAGAUCCCAUGUUUCGUGUGUUUGAUAUUAACACAGACUUCAGCUCGUUGGUGAAUGAAGCUGAGGAUGAGGGUAAAACUGCGGACGAAACUGAGAAAAAGGUGGAAAAUACCUCCAAGACUCCGGCAAAUAAGAAUGGAGCUCAGAAUCAAGGGAAAAAAGAUAAAAGAACGCCUGAGAGAAUAGGACAUUGUACCGAGCUAAGCUUGGAGAUCAAAGAGAAGCUCGAAAAGUUACAGCCACCUGAUUGUAGCUGUUUGAAAGAGGUAGAUAAAAAGAAUCAUUUGUGCUGCUCUGCUGUUGAGCAUAGACUGUGUAUAAUCUCUGGAGUGACUCUAGCUGACUUCAUGAAACAGGCAGGUCUACCACAAAAAUCUGCUUCAAUCUUAAACCAUCUGAACAACUCCUAUGACAUUUUUAGAAAAGGUCCUUACUUGAAUGCCAAACCAUUUCUUGAAAAGGAAGAGGAUACAAGGCAAGGCAUAUUGAAUGGGAGAGGUUUUAAAAAAGAUCAAGAACUGUUUUCAUCCUGUUUAACAGCCACUUGCAUCAUGGCGGAAUUGCAUUUGAACAGCAAAGACUUCAGUGCAGUGAACAGUUUGUGGAAAAUGACACAGGAACUUGACAAACAGGGAUUUCUGACAAAUGUUUUGCAUGGAACAGUGUUGCUAUCGCGACUGGCUCUCUGUGAGGCAUCCAGUGUUCUUCUAUCUCAGGUACGGAACAGCCAAGUGCAGAAUUCCAAACUUCAAACAAACUUGGAAAGCAUGAUGACAGACAUAGAGCCUCUUUCUUCCAAGAAAACUCUCUUUAAUGAACCUGUAGAGGUUGAUGAUGUUGAUGAAGCAAAAGAGGACAAUGAUACUGCUACUGCUGACAAAGCUACUCUUCAAAAGAAGGUCAUGUUUGAUGAUGCAGCUAAGAAAGUGGAAGAUGAAAUAAAAUCUGAGAAGAAAGAUUCAGCAUCUGUGAAAGCAGACAUUGGUAAAACUACAGCUGCAAAAGUAAAGGCUACACCUCUUAAGCAGAAAAAAGUAGCUGAUGUUUUGGCCACACCAAAAGUAUAUUCACAAUUAGUGAAUGUGUUUGCUAGUACAAAGAAAGUCAAACCAGCAGCUUCAAGUAUUGCUCAAACCCCAGCCACAAGGAUCAGAGACUUGAAUGAACUCAUUGCUAGUGAUGAUGAGGAAGAUGUAUUUUUCCCAAAGAAACGACCAAUUACUCCGUCAGUAUCCAAGUCGUUGAAAGCAAAGACUGAACCAAGAAACAGGACCAUCAAAUCAGAAAAAUCAACUCUUCAAGGGACAAAAGCCAACCUGGCUUGCAAACUGAACUUCAUAUAUCAGGAUGAUGAUGGCAAUGAGAGUGAAAAACAGGAAACAAAAGAUUCAAAAAGAAAGUUUUUCAAAAGUAAGCAUACAAUACAUGAAGAAAAAGAGCAUGAAGAAGAUAAAGAAAUUACAGAAGUGAGCGAAAAUAUACAAGAUGAGUUCACAGUUAAAAAAGAUGUGUAUGACAUCAAAUUAGAAUUGUUCAAAGAUAUAAAAACCUCUCAACAGACUGUAAAGCCAGCUAAACAACCUUCAAAAGGUCGAAAAGGAGUGAAGAAGUCUGUGAAUAAAUCUGCUCAAGAAGCUGUGUCCAUCAUAAUUAGUUCACCUGAUGCUGAUCCUUCAGAGGUUGUGGCAACAGAUACAAACAGUGAAGAGAAAGUGACAACAUCAAACACACAAAAUGAAAACAGUAUUAAAGAUAAAUCCAAGAUUGAAAUUGAUGUGUAUGACAUUGAAACAGAGCUAUCGCCAGCUGUGAAACAAAAUCAGAAGUCAGUAAAGUCUGUGAAAGGAUCAGCCAGAGCAGGGAAGAGAACUGUGAAGAAAAAAGAAACUGUAAAAGAGACUAAGGGUUUGGUUGACAGUGACACUAGCAUUAGCUGUGAGACUGGCUCAAACAAGGGAAGCACUAAGAAAACAAAAGUCACCAAGAAAGCAGCUGCAAAAGAAACAAUAAGUCAGUCAGAGCAAAAGAAGGCUGAUAAAGAAAAUAAAGAUACUUUAAAUGUUCCUGAAGCUGUUUCUGAAAAAAAGAAAGUAGUAAAACCGGUUAAAAGAGUAACAAGAAGUGCUAGGAGUAGGAAAACGGAGGAACCUGAAAGUGUUAGAAUGCUUAACCCAGGCGCGGAGCUAGGUAAGGGGAAUUUGGAAUUGAGAACAUUAGAUGCUGAAAGUGAUGUUGAUCAUCAAGAUGCGAAAAGUAAUGGAGAUAGUUACAUUGAUCUUUGUAUUGAAGGUGAAGAGGAAUUAUUAGAUGAUAUAUGUUUACCUAAUAUUGGAAAUGAGAUAGGAUUAAGUCCUGUUGAAAUUAUUAGAAGUCAUGUACAUGGUGGUGGUAGAAUUGACAUGAGUUUGGAACCGGGAAAGGAUAUUGCACAUGAAUGUGAUGAAAUUGAAAGCAUGAGAAGUGAUGUAAAAUCAGGUGGGAAAGCAGCAAGAGGAACAUUAGCAAAAGCUAAAAAGGACACAGUAAUCCGAAAAAGUGAUAGAAAGAGCAAAGACAAGGUGAAUUCAAAUAAAAAAGUUGGUGCAGACAAUCAGCAUGAUGUGGAAGAUGAUAUAGGUGAGGAUAGUAGUAGAGAAAGCAUGAGAAGUGGUCGACUGUGUUCUACACAGGGUAUGAUGGAGAAACUGGGCUUUAUGGAACUACUUGAUGAAGGGGCCAAUGCUGAACCAUGUGUGGCGAAUGAAGGUGAAACCAGUGCAGAAAUCUUUAGCACACUCGAGUUCCUUUACAACCAAAUGAGCUGCCGUCCUCCAAGCCCACAGCAUGCAGACCUUUGUAACCUGUUAGCUUAUCACCACUUCGAGCGGGACACUGUAAAGGCUGCAUUCUACUUGAGCGAUGGACUGGCAGUCACCUUCAGGCAUCAGCUGCUGCUUAACCAAACCAAGAAAAUGAGGAGAGUGAAGUACAACGAGAAUGACGGCGAAGUAAAGUUUCCCCCAUCCAUGUCAUUCUCGGCUUUCUUCAACCAGAGGUCUGACAGCGUAGAGACCAUGAUUUCAUCUAUACCCUCUGAGUGGAGUGUGGUUCAGGUGUCCGUGGUGAGUGCUGGGUUGUCAUGGAAACAGAUGGUCGUCACACGGUUUACACGAGACAACAAACCUCUGGUCCUCAAGCUUCCAGCAUUUAAUACCAAGAAGGGAAGUCAGGUGGUUGAGGACUUCAUAAAGAUCAAACAGAGUGUCCACAUGCUGUGGGGGGAGAAGGACCGGGACAAGUGGUGGAAAAAACGCUUCCAGUUUGAUGAGCAACUCAAGAGUCUGGUGUCCUGCAUGGAGAACCUGUGGUUUGACCACUGGCGGUGCGUGCUGGCCCCGCGAGAACACAGUACAGCAACAUUGGAACUGGUGCAGUCAGAGUUGAAAGCAAUCGUAGGGUCAGUGGUGGAUACUUCAAUCAUAGAGUUCCUUCUGUUGGCAGCCAAACACCUGGUAAAGGGGGAGUUGGAGAAAUGUUGUCUCAAGUUGAUCCCCAGUGUUGAUAUUGUUAUAAAUGGUACAAUCUCCAUACUGAAGAAGCACAAGACUUCCACAAGCUCUGUGAAUCCUCAUCUUGUCCUCAUACUGGAUAAGACUGUGCAGCAGCUACCAUGGGAAACCCUGCCGCUCCUGAACAAGAUGUCCAUCACCCGAAUGCCGUGCCUCUCCUACCUGCACUCACAACUUUCCUACCUCCAGUCACUGGAGAGCUCAGUGUAUUCAAGGGGAAUAAACAUGCGCAAUACAUCCUACUUCCUGAAUCCAGGAGCUGAUUUGAAGAAUUGUGAGACCACAUUCGAGAAGUGGUUUGAAGGGGAGAAGGGGUGGGUAGGUGUGUCCGGCAAGCCCCCGACAGAGGCACAGUUUGUUGAAGCCAUCACGAGCAAAGACAUGCUCCUUUACAUUGGUCAUGGUAGUGGUGGCCAGUAUUUGGGCUAUGAUGAGAUUGAGAAGCUGACCGGGCAGGCGCUGGUUGUGUUGAUGGGUUGCAGCAGUGGGCAACUACAGGCCAAAGGUCAACUGGAACCCGCAGGCAUGAUGAUCAGCUAUUUCCUGGCAGGAUGCCCUUGCAUGAUGGGAAACCUAUUUGACGUGACAGACAAGGACAUAGAUAAAUUCACAGAGGAGUUCCUGAAACUGUGCAUGGCAGCGAAACCAGGCACAUACAUUCCCCUGCUCAUGCAGAAGGCCAGAGAGGUGUUCAAGAUGAAAUAUAUAAACGGAUGUGCACCCAUUAUGUAUGGAUUACCCAUGUUCAUCAGCAAGAAUUAAGUUUGAGUCUUGUUUCUGCCAAGACAAAGUACAUUUACAGUAACGGUUGUGAAUGGGUCGUGUAUGGAAAUGCUAUGUUUUAAGCAGACUGAAUCUUACUACGGUGUAUGCCGAGAUAAAAUGUAGUUAUGACAACAGUUGUUGGCUAGUUCUGUAUUGAUUUCCCAUUUUUAAGAUUGUGUCCAUGUUCCAAGAUAUAUGAUGUUUAUUUGGAUGAAAAAUGUUCAGAACAACAUGCCAAAGCCUAUGAUACAAGAUCCAUAUUAAGAUGCAAAUUUGCGCAUGUUUAUCCGAGAAAACUGGUGUUCAGAUCAUGCCAACAUUUCAUGUAGUAAUGUUGACAGGUUAAAUUUUGUGAGGUUUUAAUAUUUAUCACUUUUUGUGCAAAUCAUUCUGAUUCUGAAUUAAAAAAAGAAAAUGAAAUAAAAAUGAAAUAUAAUUUGAUGAUAUCUGCCAAUGAUUAAUUCAGUGCUAUAAAUUUUUACCUUGUAAGAUUGCCCCCAAAAUAUCGCAAAAAAAAAUUACUGUGAGUUUUAAACAGUCUACCGUCAGUGAUCUGAGCCAGUAAGUUAUAAUGUGUCCUUGGUCAUAAUUGGAUUUUAUUUAUGUAUUAUGUAUAUCAGGGAUGUCUUCAUAUAUACAAGUUAUUGAUCUUGCUCAAACAUAAUAGGACACUACUGAGGACAUAGCUCCAUGAAAAUGUGGUAAAGCUCCAUGAAAAUAUGGUAAAUUUCCAUGAAAAUGUGGUAACGCUCCAUGAAAAUGUGGUAAAGCUCCAUGAAAAUGUGGUAAAGCUCCAUGAAAAUGUGGUAAAGCUGUAUGAAAAUGUGGUAAAGCUCCAUGAAAAUGUGGUAAAGUCGUUAUGACAUAUCUCACAUUCUGAAGCUGCAUUGACAGCAUUGUAGUUUGCCACCAACUCAUAAAGGUGUCAUCAAUUUUGUCAUUGUCUGUAAUUACUAUUUCCUUAUUAUAGAAGUAUGUACUUUUGCUUUGAUUUCAUGUGUAACUAGACAUUGAUUCUUGUAUAUGUAACAUUUGAUACUGUACUGACUAUACUGAAUGAAAUUAUAUAAAUGAUAUUUAAAUGAAAUGGACAGUAUUUGUUUUUGCAGGCCUUCAAAAUUGUAUAGCUGUAGAGUUACAUGUAAUACUUGUGUGUGUUUCACAAUCAUAAUUUGUGAAUGCAUUAACACAAAUUGAAUCAUAAUUCAUUAUACAUAUUUAGUGCUGUGAUGUUUUUUUAAUUAACCAUAAACAUUUGACCGCAACUUCAAUUAUUGCUUAUACCACUUGUUUAUACAAAACUUAAAAAGCAUUUUAUAAACAAUAUGGAAGAGCUUCAAUAUACUUCAUAUAUCAUGUUAGUUACCAUUCAGGGCUAUUCUAGUAAAACAUAUAACCCACAGGGGGAAGGCAUUUAUUUAAAUGGUAUAAAGGAGGCUCCCCUUUUCCCCUAAUUUGGACCCAUCUAGGGUAAAUUUGCUUCUGUAGGGGGUGGCAUAAUUUAAAAUUGCCUUCCCCUCGGGGGUUAUAUGUUUAAAUGGAAUAGCCCUCAUUAAAAAUCUUUGGAAGUUCAUAGCAGGAAUAUAAAGCAAUCAAACAGCCAUAAGUCCAUUUUACACACCAUAAUUACCAUGUUUGAAAAUAACCUAAUCAAACCCUGUUGGCUCAACUUUAAGCGACUGGCCAAACUGUUUCAAGCCUUGGGAAAUUCUAGCAAAACGAGAAUGCUUAACAUUCAGUUUGAGCCAGCAAGGAAAUAGAGCACAGCAAGUUAGAGCCAAUGGAGGUCGACUGUACUUGUAUACUAGAACAGUAGAACUACAUGUACAAGUACUGAUUCUGAUUUUUUAUGUCACAUAUUGCACAUUGUUACUGGUACUAUUAAGUAACAGUAGUGUGUUUUUCAGGUAUUCACUUGUAGAUUGUUUCUGUAAAUAGAUGGUAUAAUGUUUAUAAACAUUUGUUUUGUACUGGUCUGUCUUGUAUACAAAUA